AUGAAGUCAAAAAGAUAUGUCGACUUCAUACAAUUGUUUUCAACUGGCACAUCAAUAUUUCUAAACACAAUUUUGAUUAUUCUAAUCAUCACAAAAUCACCAAAACAUCUUGGAUCAUAUAAAUAUUUGAUGAUUUAUAUUUCGAUCUAUGAAUUGGUUUAUACGAUUCUCGAUGUUCUAAUUUCCCCGGUGCAUUUUUCACACGGCUCAAUUUUCCUGGUUAUCAUCUCAACAAUCGAUAACCGUCUCACAACUAACAAACAAGUUUUGCUCUACCUCGACUCAAUUUGGUGUGGAUUUUUUGGAGCAUUCAUGGGUGUUUUUGCUCUACAGUUUAUUUAUCGUUACUACGUAGUUUCUGGGUGAGAUUAAUCAAUGUUUUUGAAACAAAAAACCCCAAAUCUUAUAGUUCAAUAAAGAUCAAGAGUUUCAAUGAUUAUCGAAUCGUAUUCUGGAUGUCAAUUCCAGUCAUAACCGGGAUGAUUUGGGGAAUUGUGGUUCAUUUGCUGAUUGGUCCUACGAAACAAAUAAAUGAUGCAAUAAAGAACAUUCUACUUUCUGAAUUCGACACACACAUCGAUGACAUAAUCUACAUCGGUCCAUACGUCUACCAAAAACAAUUAGAUGGAAGUAUGAAAGUGAAUACAUAUUCUCUGAUCGCAAUGAUCGUUAUGCUAUUGAUCAUAUUUAUCUCAAUCAGCUUCAUAGUUUUCUCUGCAGUCAAAUGCUUUCUUCAAUUGAAUGUUUUUCUUCAAGUCAACAAAAGUUUAUCUCAAGAUUACAGCAGCUUCCAGAUGCAAUUAUUCUACGCCCUGAUUGUUCAAACGUUGAUCCCUCUGAUUUUGAUGCAUCUUCCCUGUUUGACCCUUUUCAUGUGCACAGUGCUCGAUAUUGAUUUGGGACAUUCCAGUGUUAUUCUAACAUUGACGGUUGCUAUUUUUCCAGCUUUAGAUCCACUUCCAGUGAUGUUAAUCAUCAAGGAUUAUAGAUGUGCAUUAUCAAACAUCGUAACAACCCGUGUUACCAAGUUUUCGAAAUCUAAUAGUUAA